UACAAACGUUCGGAUUCGGACCCUUUUAAUGUGAAACCCGAUACCCUCUUUCUGCUUCGCUUUUAGUCGAAUAUCUCGAUAAGAUUCUUCGAGGUUCGGGAAUAUUCCGAUGAAGUUGGAGACUGGAAAGCAGGAGACGUCGCCGGAGAUGGAGGAGUACGAUGACGAAGACGAUGAUGAGGUCAUCGACAAGUCUUGCUAUUCGCCUCCGAUGAUUUUCGGACCGGCGAGGGAGGGCGGCGAGGAUCUCUUCGUGCCGCCGCUUAACUUUGCGAUGGUGGACAACGGCUUAUUCCGCUCGGGAUUCCCGGACGUCGCCAAUUUCAGCUUCUUGCAGACACUCAAGCUCCGCAGCGUUCUAUGCUUGUGUCCUGAGCCGUAUCCAGAGGCGAAUUGGGAGUUCCUGAGGUCGAAUGGAAUCAGAUUGUUCCAGUUUGGGAUUGAAGGAGGCAAGGAACCUUUUGUGAACAUCCCGGACGACACAAUUCGCGAAGCUCUCAAAGUCGUCCUUGAUGUGCGCAACCUCCCAUUGCUAAUUCAUUGCAAAAGAGGGAAGCGCACAGGUUGCUUGGUAGGAUGUUUAAGAAAGUUGCAGAGAUGGUGUCUUACAUCAGUAUUUGAUGAAUAUCAACGUUUUGCUGCUGCUAAAACAAGGGUUUCUGAUCAGAGAUUUAUGGAGGUUUUUGAUAUAUCAAGCUUGAAGCAUCUGCCAAUGUCUUUCUCAUGCUCAAGAAUUGAUUGAGCUCUCCAAAGAAUCAAGACUUUUCAUCCUCUUCGAUAGAUACUAAUUAGUAAUAUUCACCAAAUAAAUAAGCUUGAAAUGAAUUAUUUUUCCUCAUUUCUUUUA